UCACACUGUCACUGUCACGGACCCGAUUUCAAGUCGUUUCUCGCAUCAUGAUCUACCCGCAGAUCCCUCGUUUGGGCCAAAGCUGGCCCCUUCCACCUGCUAAUGAGAUCGGACUGGACCCCAGAGGCGUUAGUGCGUGGCAUCUCCUCCUCUCCGCCGAAAGCGCGGCUCUGGCACUUCCCAAAUCUACGGCGAUGUAUAAAGACAAAGUCGUUGCUGUUCGGCUCAUAGGGUGGUUCAUCAAGGAUUUUUGGGAACACAGCCAGAGUGCAGGGUACGCACGGCUGUGUAAGGAGGUAUUCUCCUGUAACGUGCCUAUGGCACCUGAGGACGCUGUGGGAGUCGACUUGUGUAAUGAGAAGAUAUUCACCAUGGGCUUGGAUCUUCGAAACCAACUCCUUCGCGUCUUUUACGCCGCUACCGAUCGUAUCCCGACCCCAUCUGCCCACGCUUCCCGACCGUCUUAUGAAGAGCACAGAGCCAGAAUACUGAGUGAUAUCGCCAACGUCGAACCCGGAGAAGGAAGGACCCGAUCUCAGGCCAAGGCUGAUGCACUCUUGCGGGAUGGCUACAAAUGCGUUUUGACGGGCUUAUACGAUAAAGAUAUUCUCCAGGCUAUUCCCGAGCUCCAAGCGAAAGCGUCGGCAGAGGGUGCAAGUCAAAUCGGAACCCGUGUUGUUCACUUAUUCUCGACAGCGGCCCAAUCUAACCCAGACUAUGCGACAAGUGCGCUGGCGAUUCUGAAACUGUUUGGCUUGGGAUCCGUGGUACAAAACUUACUCGGAAAACGUGCCAAUAACUUGUUCAACGUCAUGACCAUGUGUAUGAACUUACAGGUGGACUUUGACCACCUUGCCUUUUGGUUUGAAGCUGUUCCUGGACAAGAACACACCUACAACGUCGUUGCGCGCAAUCCACAGACUUUCUUCGGUCAGACGCCGACGCCACUCAGACAAGUGAAGUUUCGCGUUGAUGCCGAUGCGGAACGAGAUGCCGCCGGCAUUGAGGUCCCUGUUCGCCUGGAUUUGCCUGAUCCCCAGCUGAUUGCCAUACGCGCCGCAUGCGCCCGUGUUGCUGCGAUGUCUGGUGCCGCCGAUCAAUUUCUCCAGAUCUACAAGGACCGUGAUGAAGACGAGUUGGGCACACUGGCGGAUUCGGAGUCUGCGGUUUACCUCUUGGAUUCUCUGUUGCAAACCAUCUCUGCUCGAAGCUGAGUUUUCUCAAGUUCCGAUCUCACCUUGACCCUAGCCCGCUGCACAUGGCAUCACUAUCUGACGACCGACGCGCAAUCCAAACCGUCAUCUUACAUCGAUCAUGACACGAGUAUCCAGAUUCCGGACCAGCAAGGCCGAUCUUCCUCAAACCGCGGAUGAACUGUCCGGUGCUUUCUUGUGCAACGAACGCGUGCUUGUCGUGUCAGACGACAUUGUCAGCCUGGAUGUCUCUGCGCGCCGCAUUCGCAGAACUGAUGAAGUUCGACUGGCGCUUUCAGACGUAGAACAAGAGUCCGUCCGUCUUCUCGAUCUAGUAUUCGCGAGCAUCCGCUUCAAAAUGUCUCUCUCCUCGAACGGUUUCAAAACCUUGCCAUUCUCGGGUACUGCUUUCCAAGCUCCUUGCCUCCUUUCCACCGAGAACCUACAGUUGAGAGUGUCCAUCGAUGGUUUCAGGUGAAGACCCUGAAAAGCCGCUGGCGGCCGCAAGAUGAGAGAAUUCAUCACCACAGUUGAAUUGAGACUCACGAAGCAAGCUGAGGAUACCUCUUGAGCGCCUCCACUAUCUGUCCCGCG